AUGGAAUUCUCCGCACUCCUUGUUCUGUUGGUCACCUUCCUCAUCACCCUCCACUUUGUCAUGUCAUGGUGGAAACAGACCAGGCGGUACAAGUCACUGCCCCCCGGACCCACCCCGCUGCCUUUCCUGGGCACCCCGAAGUAUAUGAAUCUGCAAACUGCAGAUAAAGAUUACACCAUGCUCAUCCAAAAAUACGGCUCAAUAUUCACCAUCUGGAAAUUGACGGAGCCGGUGGUGGUCCUCUGCGGUUAUGAGACGGUAAAGGACGCUCUGCUGAACCAGGCCGAGGAGUUCAGUGCCCGCCCAAUUAUAUCCACGAUGUACAUCCCCUCCAAGGGAUACGCUAUGAACGGCCCCCGAUGGCGUCCUCUGCGCCGCUUCACCAUCUCCUCUCUGAGGAACUUCGGGAUGGGGAAGAAGACCAUGGAAAACCGCGUGCUGGAAGAGGCCAAUUAUCUCACUCAGGCAGCGGCCGAGACGGAAGGAAAACCGUUCAAUCCAACGCUGAUCCUGGCCAGCGCCGUAGGGAAUAUUAUCAGUUCAGUGCUUUUUGGAGAACAUUUUGACUACAAAGACCCGAAGUUACAUGAGCUGAUGUCUUCCACCUCCCGACACAUUAGGAGUUUUGUGUCCCCAUUGAACACGCUCUGCAACAUUUUCCCGUUCCUCCUCAGCCUGCCGUUGUUACCAAAGAUUGUCUUUAAGGAAAUCUCCUACCUGCAGAAAUUUGUGCUAAAGUACAUUGAGGAGCACAAACGCACCCUGAAGCCUGAGGCCCCCCGAGAUUUCAUCGAUUAUUUCCUGCUGAAGAUAAAAGAGGUGGAGCAUGAAGAGGACCCGGAUUUCUGUGAUGACAGCCUGUUGGCGAUGGUGGUGAAUCUGUUAGCAGCAGGAUCUGAAACCACCGCUUCCAGCCUAAAAUUCUGCCUGGCCUUCUUGGCUCACUGUCCUGAUGUCCAGGAGAAGAUCCAACAGGAAAUUGAUGAGGUGACGCAGUCACUGCGCCCUCCAGGGAUCGGCGAUAGACAACAACUGCCAUACACCAAUGCCGCCAUCCAUGAAAUACAGAGAGUCUUCGACCUGGCACCAACUGCUCUCUUCCACGCCGUGACCAAAGACAUCCAAUUCCGCGGAUACACCCUCCCGAAGGGCACCAUCAUCAUUCCAUUCCUGACAUCGGUGCUUAAUGACCCCUCUCAAUGGGAGACGCCGGAACAGUUCAACCCUGGGCACUUUCUGGAUGAGGAGGGCCAGUUCCGCAAUCGGGUGGCCUUCAUGCCGUUCUCAGCAGGAAAGCGUGUAUGUGCCGGAGAGAACUUAGCCAGAAUGGAGCUCUUCCUUCUCCUCUCUUCUCUGCUCCAGAAAUUCACCUUCCAGCUGCCCCUGGGAGCUGAGCGUCAGGACUCCAAAUGGCUGCAUGCAAAUAAACAUGACAUUGUGUCUAACGCUCAGCUGUGUGCCGUGCCCAGAGCAUUGCCCACCAAGUAA